AUGCGAUUGUUGCUAAAAGACGGUUUACCACUGACAUGGCGAAGUUUCUGGUUCUUUUGCUGUUCACUACAGCAGCGGUCGCCAUUGCUACCCGCGUUGCCCGGUCUCCAGGUGGUCUUGGCUGGCAAUCAAGCUACGGCGGUCUACCUAACAGUGGUAUCCAACGGUCUUCUGACAGCAAUUGGGGUGGACCUGGCCUCAUUAGAUCAGCCAGGAAUGGUGGAUGGGACAGCAACACCGUUGGAUUUAAUGCUCGAAGCCGAAGUAACAGUUUCGGGUAUAGAAAGUCUUCAAACAACGGGUGGUCACAAAAUGGAUAUAGUUCAAACGCAGGGUAUAAUGAUAUCUUCUCUAGAUCAUAUCCUGAGUAUACCGGAAGAUCCUCAGAUUCCACUGUGAUAGACAGUGUAGAUUCCUCACCUUGGGACGAUUCAGGAUUUUAUUCGAAAUAUUGGCAAUCUAUGGGAUGGUAGGUG